CCUCUCUAUCACCAUUGACAGGAUCGGGGAGUCGGUUGGAUUUCGCAGAGCUCAGAAACCACCUGUACACUUUCCAGCAUGCAGACCCCUGUAACACGAGGUGUUACGGACCGGAAGUUGACCGGCGGCCCUACCGCUCGCAGAGGUAUAUGGGUAAAGAAGCCGGAAGCGAAGUACCCUGGCCUGACCGUCUUGAGGGAACGUCAAGCCAAGACUGUCAGCAGAACGUACACCACCGUCGUCAACGUUCCCAUCUUGAGACAUACAACAGCCACGCCGGCGGAAAUACAAGAAAAACGCGAGCGGAUCCACGAGGAGAAGAAGGUCUCGGCUGUCAAGAUGGAGAGGAGGAUUUCCAGCUUCUGCGACGCCUACCGUCUGCCCAUCCCUGAAACCAACUCUCAUUCUACAAUCAAGAAGGAUGCACCUUGGUUGACGUCGCGAGCUGACGGCACCGAACACAGCCAUGUCAUCAACGCUGCAAUUCCUCGUGGCGAUAACGGCAUCAACCAGAACGGCAACAACACCGUCCCCUUAGACCUCAAGCAGUGCCACCUCUUCUACAGUGACACGGGCAUCGCGUCAUGGCGGGUGGCUAUGAGCAAAGAUGGCGAGAUCGCCCGACUCAGCCCCGUCAAGCGGAACACAUCGUUCCGCGAGUACUCAUGGCGGUUGUCGUACCUCGUGUGUCAGGGGAAGCGGCAGAUGAGGCUGAUGGCGAGAGAUGAGCAGGAGAAAUGUGGUCCUCUACCUCUGUUCAGUCAACACUCACUGGUCCGGCAGCUGGAGUUUGAAAUGCCUGAAUGCAACGAGUCCUACAGACAGGAGGGGAUCCCGAUCUCACGGGCGGUCAGAAUGAUGUUCCAAACAGCCGACAUGGAAGCUUUUGAGAAAGAUAUGGAUCAGAAGAAAAGGUUGUUCUACAAGAAACCUAAACCUGAUCUGUACCUGGUGGACGUGGCUCCCAAGAACAGAGGCCUGGUUCCCAAAGACAAGCCGAAAGCAGAGGCACAUCCCGUAGAGCCUGAAGACGGUUUGUCUGUUUCAGAGCGACCCGAUAAAGAGGCAGACGAUACUUCCUCACGUGAGCUAAGCGACGACAACGCCAACAACGACAAGGCCGAGAGCCCAGAACCAACCCAGAGCCACCAACUAAUCCUCGAGGAUCCUAAAACUGAAGUCGAGAUCCAAAUGCAGACCCCUGAUCCUGUGAACCUACCCACCCCCACCCCACCGGUGACACCCACCCCUACUCCGGGAGUCAAGGAAAAGAAAGUCACCUCUCAGCCUGGGUGCUGCGCAUUCCUCUGAUGUAGUGAUAGGUCUCACGUUCAGCUUUGUCAGCUGAGAUAUAUUUUCCAUUUUUCGUGUUUCUGGAAGUUUACGAUUGUUUAGCU